AUGCUGCCCCUGCCAGACAUAGUUAAGGUGGCUGUGGAGUGGCCCGGGGCCAACGCCCAGUUGCUCGAGUUUGACCAGAAGCGGCCCCUGGUCUCCAUCAUCAAGGAAGUCUGUGACGGAUGGUCCCUGCCUAACCCUGAAUACUACACGCUACGCUAUGCCGAUGGAGCACAGCUGUACAUAACGGAACAGACUCGUGGCGACAUCAAGAAUGGGACCAUCCUCCAGUUGGCGGUUUCUCCAUCCAGGGCCGCCCGCCAACUGAUGGACCGGACCCAGUCCUCCAGCUUGGAGGGCCGCCUGGAGGCCAUGAAGGAACUUGCCAAGCUCUCGGCAGACGUCACCUUUGCCACCGAGUUCAUCAACAUGGAUGGCAUCGCGGUGCUCACCCGGCUGGUGGAGGGCAGCUCCAAGCUCCUCUCUCACUACGGCGAGACGCUGGCCUUCACCCUGACGGCCUUCUUGGAGCUCAUGGACCACGGCCUCAUCUCCUGGGACACCAUCUCCAUCGGCUUCAUCAAGCAGAUCGCAGAGUACGUGAGCCAGCCGACGGUGGACGCCUCCAUCCUGCAGCGCUCCCUGGCCAUCCUGGAGAGCAUGGUGCUGAACAGCCAGGCUCUCUACCAGAAGAUUGCGGAGGAGAUCACGGUCGGGCAGCUGCUCUCCCACCUCCAAGUCUCCAACCAGGAGAUCCAGACAUACGCAAUAGCGUUGAUCAACGCCCUCUUCCUGAAGGCUCCCGAGGACAAGAGGCAGGACCAGCUUGUCAGUCCGCUAGACCUGCCCUGCACUGAGAUGGCCGAGGCCUCCGCCCAGAAGCAGCUGCGUUCGGCCAUCCUGACGCACGUCAUCCGAGGGAACCGCCCAAUAAAAACCGAGAUGGCCCACCAGCUCUACGUGCUGCAGGUCUUGACUCUCAACCUCCGGGAGGAGCGGAUGAUGACCAAAAUGGACCCCAACGACCAGGCCCAGCGGGAUGUCCUCUUUGAGAUGCGCAGGAUCGCAUUCGAGGCCGAGGCCGAGAGCAGCGGCGUCCCUGGCGGGGGAGCGGAGAAGCGCAAGGCCGUCUACACCAAGGACUACAAGAUGCUGGGCUUCACGAGCCCCGCCAACCCCGCCCUGGACUUCCUCCAGACCCCGCCAGGCAUGUUGGCCUUGGACAACAUGCUCUACCUGGCCAGACACCACCAGGAUGCCUACAUCCGAAUUGUCCUGGAGAACAGCAGCCCGGAGGACAAGCACGCCUGCCCCUUUGGGCGCAGCGCCAUCGAGCUCACCAGGAUGCUCUGCGAGAUCCUGCAGAUCGGAGAACUUCCCAACGAGGGCCGGAACGACUACCACCCCAUGUUCUUCACGCACGACCAGGCCCUGGAGGAGCUCUUCGCCAUCUGCAUCCAGCUGCUGAACCGGACCUGGAAGGAGAUGCGGGCGACAGCCGAGGACUUCCACAAGGUGAUGCAGGUGGUGAGGGAGCAGAUCACCCGGGCCCUGCCCGCCAGGCCCCCCUCCCUGGACCAGUUCCAGACCAAGCUGCGCGGCCUGGGCUACUCGGAGGUGCUGCGCUUGCGUCAGUCGGAGCGGAUGAGCCAGGACGACUUCCAGUCCCCGCCCAUCGUGGAGCUGCGGGAGAAGAUCCAGCCGGAGAUCCUGGCGCUCAUUAAGCAGCAGCGCCUGAACCGCCUCUGCGAGGGAAGCAGCUUCCGCAAAGUGGGCAACCGGAGGAGGCAAGAGCGCUUCUGGUACUGCCGCCUGGCCCUGAACCACAAGACGCUCCACUACGGGGACCUGGAGGAGAACGCCCAGGGGGGGGCCACCCUGGAGUCACUGCAGGAGAAGAUCCCCGUGGCAGACAUCAAGGCCGUUCUCACCGGGAAAGAGUGUCCUCACAUGAAGGAGAAGGGGGCGCUGAAGCAGAACAAGGAGGCCCUGGAACUGGCUUUCUCCAUCCUUUAUGAACCGGACGAGACCCUGAACUUUAUCGCACCCAACAAAUACGAGUUCUGCAUCUGGGUCGACGGGCUCCACGCCCUGCUGGGGAAGGACAUGGCGAGCGAGCUGACCAAGAGCGACCUGGAGACGCUGCUCAGCAUGGAGAUGAAGCUGCGCCUGCUGGACCUGGAGAACGUCCAGAUCCCCGAGGAGCCCCCGCCCGUCCCCCGCGAGCCCAGCAGCUACGACUUCGUCUACCACUACGGCUGA